UGCUGUGAUACGUCUUCGAAAACAACCAGGUGUCCUUUGUCUCUCCCGAAAUCACUUCCAAAAUGGCCUCUAUACCAGUCAUCGUGAAACACCAAGGCAAACGCUAUGAAGUCGAACUCGACCCGACGUCGAACGGCGAGACCUUCAAAUACCAACUUUACUCCUUGACUGGUGUCGAGCCAGAACGUCAGAAGAUUCUUGUAAAAGGUGGUCAGCUCAAAGAUGAUACCCUUCUGUCCUCCUUGAAGGCGAAACCGGGUCAGACUUUCAUGAUGAUGGGCACGCCUUCUGGUCAAGGCGCUGCGGACCUUGGGCGGCCGAAGGAUGCGGUGAAAUUUUUGGAGGACAUGACAGAAGCUGAGGCUGCGAAGGCAGAUGGAGCUAUUCCUUCUGGUCUGCAGAAUCUUGGGAAUACUUGCUACCUUAAUUCUACCCUGCAAACGCUGAGGAGCGUUCCUGAACUUCAGGAAGAGCUCCAGAAGUAUAAGCCUGCACCUGAUUCUCUCGCAUCAACUAGCCUUUCAGAUAUUAGCAGCUUUGGUCUCAGUGGUCUAGGUGCUUCUAUGGACCUCACUGCAUCUUUACGGGACCUGUUCAAACAGAUGUCCGAGACGCAGGAGGGGAUCCCGCCUAUCAUGUUUCUAAAUGCCCUUAGGAAUUCAUUUCCUCAGUUCGCGCAGAGAGACAGAAAUGGCCACGGCUACGCCCAGCAAGAUGCUGAAGAAGCGUGGUCGCAAAUCAUGAACCAGCUCCGGAAUAAACUGAAGGUCAGUGAUGGGGAAGGGGAAUCCGUGACUGGGAUAUCUUUCGUAGACAAAUAUCUCGCUGGGAAAUUCGAGUCCAUCACUGAAUGCGACGAGCCGGCGGCUAAGGAAGCUGGAGAAAAACCAUCAGUGACUUCCGAUGUCUUUUUCAAGCUGGACUGCCACAUCGGUAAAGAGACAAACCAUCUUAACGAUGGCAUAAUGGCAGGUCUUGAGGAGAAAAUUGAGAAGCAUUCCCCUACGCUCGAUCGAAAUGCCGUUUACACAAGGCGUUCGCGCGUUUCCCGGUUGCCCAAGUAUCUGACCGUCCAUUUUGUUCGAUUUUUCUGGAAGCGCGAGACUCAGAAGAAGGCAAAGAUCAUGCGCAAGGUGACGUUUCCUGCCGAACUGGAUGCAGUUGAGUUCUGUACCGAGGAACUUAAAGGGCAAUUGAUCCCUAUCAGAGAUAAGGUGCGCGAAAUUCGCAAAGAUGAGCAUGAUAUUGAACGUGCUCGCAAGCGCCAAAAGAUCUCACAUGCAAGGGAGGAAGAAAAGAAGGCGGAGGCUGAGUCUGUGGGCCUGGAGCCAAUGCAAAAGAAGGAGAUCGAAGAGCGCAAGGAUGCUGAGAAAGGCAAAGUUAAAGACGGGGAGUCGGCGGCAGCAGCAGAUGCUUUCAAGUCGGAUGCGGAAAUCGAGGCCGAAAGGGUAGCUUCUGUUCUGGCGGCGAAAAAGGAGCUCUCUGUGCUGGUUGAUUCCAAGCUUUCCACAGACUCAGGGGCCAACAAGUCGGGCCUUUACGAACUGCGCGGAGUGAUCACCCAUCAAGGUGCUAGUGCUGACAGUGGCCAUUACACAGCGUAUGUGAAGAAAGAAGGCAAGCUUGUGGAUGACCCCAGUGCACCUGGCGGCAAGAGACGCGAGGAAGACGGAAAGUGGUGGUGGUUCAAUGAUGACAAGGUUACUGAAGUGGAGGCCGAAAAGAUCGAAACUCUCGCCGGCGGUGGCGAAUCCCAUUCCGCCCUGAUUCUUCUCUACCGCGCUAUCGACCUACCUACGGUUUAAUGGUGGAGAUUGUGUGGGAAAUUGAUCAAUCUUCGCCGAUGCGAUGUUCCAGAGCUUUGCGGUUCUCCCUCUAUAAGGCUCAGCCAGAGUUCAAGGCGAAGAAUCUUAAGAAUAUGACCGUUGGACGAAUUAUGGCAUAGUUAAUUUUCAUCAACCAAGGCUUCCUACCUUAUCUCGCUUACCAUGCUAUCUUCAAUGCCCUGCAGGCACUACUAGUAGUCAUUGCCGAAGGUAUAUAUAUAUGUUCUUUACUGGGUUGAGUGGUUUGUAGUCUGGGCCAUGGACCAGUCAUAUAUAUAUAUAUAUCUGGCUUCCUUCACAUAACGAUAUCAAGGAAUACCAUUCCAUGAUUCGUGCUAUAUCAACUCAUGAUGCGG